AUGUGCUUACUAGCGAGGCGAAAUGGGCAAAUAGAGAUUGCUCGAAAGUCUCCUUCGCCCAGAUCGCAACGCCUCGCUUCGCCUCCCGCAACGUCACCGCAGCUGCCGCAAGAGAAGAAUCGCGACGAGGUGGUCGGACAAGAUGGAUUUGCACACACGCUCGGAGAAAGCGUGGGCAAUCCGCGGCGACGGGGCGGUGCAGACGAGCAAAUCCGAAGCCCGAACGGAGCGGCGAAAGGCUUGCGCAACGCACCUCGCGAGCCCGUCAGGUUUUGGCGCGAAUACGAGCGUCCAAUGUCCUUUCAGACUGACGGAGACGUAAUCUGCUUCUGGGGCUGGCCCAUGUUUGGUCCUCAGCCCCGGACCUUUCCCUCUGUGGCUGCUGCACACUUCGCAACGGGCCUUCUCAGCAAAGCUGCCAUCAUCGCCGGCGGCGUCUACCUCUACAAGCAGCACAAGGACAAGAAGCGUGCCGAGCGCACGUCCGAGCACCAUCGCUACACGGACGCGGUCGACCAGAAUACCCAGGACUAUCAGCCGCCCAAGUAUAACGACUAUCCAAGCGACCACAAGUCCCAACCGCAAGUGGACUACGCGAGAAAAUCAAAUCCUUCCUACGAAACGAUGAGCAAUGCGAACAUGUCUGGAGCCAAGUAUUAG